AUGUCAUCGCAAAACCUUCCUCAUAUGGAAUUUCGCAGCUAUGUUAGGACACUCGAAGCCGAUGGCGAUCUUGUCUCAAUCAAUGAAGAGUGCGAUCCUCACCUAGAAGUCGGUGCGAUUAUCAGAAAGGUCGUCGAAAAUAACGAAAAAGCUCCUCUGUUCAACAAGCUGAAGGGGCAAGACAACAAUGGCUUCUGGAGGAUUCUCGGCGCACCUAACUCGCUGCGCUCUGACCCCAAGCAGCGUUACGGCAGACUUUCCAGACAUCUUGGACUUCCUGUGGAGUCAUCAAUGAAAGAUAUCCUGGAUAGGAUGAUUGCUGCUAAGACGGCUACACCCAUCCCGCCCACGAUUGUCGAGUCCGGUUCUUGCAAGGAACAUAUCUUGACACCUGAUCAAUUCGAUCUUACAAAGCUCCCUGCACCAUUUCUACACCAGUCAGAUGGUGGAAAAUAUGUCCAAACCUACGGUAUGCACAUCGUCCAAUCUCCUGAUGGUAAGUGGACAAACUGGUCUAUUGCCCGUGCAAUGGUUCAUGACCGGAAUCACCUCGUUGGUCUUGUGAUCAAACCCCAGCAUCUCUGGCAGAUUCACCAGCUGUGGAAGAAGGAAGGUCGCGAUAUGCCUUGGGCUCUUGCUUUUGGCGUUCCACCAGCUGCCAUUAUGGCAUCUAGUAUGCCACUUCCAGAUGGGUUGUCAGAAGCCGAAUACGUUGGCUCGCUUGUGGGAUCUUCUCUUGAAGUUGUCAAAUGCGAGACCAAUGGCCUUUAUGUGCCUGCCAACUCGGAGAUUGUUUUUGAAGGAACUUGUUCUAUAACUGAGACUGGACCUGAAGGACCCUUUGGAGAGAUGCAUGGCUAUGUUUUCUCCGGAGACACACACCCUUGGCCCAGGUACACGGUCAAUCUCGUCACACAUCGUAAAAACGCUAUUCUGCCAGUAUCUAACUGCGGCAGACUAACCGACGAGACUCAUACCAUGAUCGGGCCUCUCGCUGCUGCAGAGAUUGGUUUCCUUCUGAGGUCUCAUGGCUUACCGAUCAAAGAAGCCUAUUCUCCGUUUGAAUCUCAAGUCACUUGGGUUGUCUUACAAGUGGAUACUCAGAAACUACAAGAGCUCGACACCAAUUCCGAGGAGUUUUGCCGUAAGAUCGGAGAUUUAGUUUUCCACCAUAAGGUUGGGUAUACAAUUCACCGCCUAGUUCUCAUUGACGACGAUAUCAACGCAUACGACUUCAAGGACGUUAUCUGGGCUUUCUGUACACGUUGCCGCCCCGGUAUGGAUGAGUAUCAUUUCGAAGAUGUUCCUGGCUUUCCUCUGAUUCCUUACAUGUCGCAUGGAUAUGGGGCACCUAAUAAAGGCGGCAAGGUUGUUUCUGACUGCCUAAUGCCCGUUGAGUAUACGACUGGGAAAGAUUGGGAGGCAGCAGACUUUGAGAACUCGUUUCCACAGGAUGUUAAGGAGAGAGUUUUGAGUCUCUGGCAAACUCUCGGAUUCGGAAAUUCCAAGUAG